AUGGCUAGCACUCAGGGUGUCAACGUGAGUCUCCCUCCUUGCCGGCAGGGAAACCACCUGAUGGUGCCCCCAAUUGCGAAAUCGGGUGUUAACCAUUAUCGUGAUUCCACAGGUUCUCCUCUUCCCCUCAACUCUAUCGCGAAGCGCUCCGAGAUUGAGCAUGAGUACGAGCGCAAGGAGCGUUUGAUUGAGCAAGCUAAGGCAGAGUGGAAGAAGCGCACCACUCCCCAGGAGCCGAAGCCACAACAGAGCGGAUUGAUCACUGAUAUCGAGAACCCCAAAUUCGACCUCGAGGCGUUCCUGAACGCCAAGGCAGCCGAGAACCCUUAA